GUCCCCGUCCCCUUCGCCUCUCUACCCCAGCGGUGCCCGAACGUGGGGGGAGAAGAGGACGGUGGGACCAUGAGGGUGCACGGGGUGAUCGCGGUGUUGGGGACCCUCCUGGUCUUGGCUACGGCUCAGCGGCGAGCCGGUGGCCGGAGCCGUGGUCGGAGUCAGCCCUGGAGCGGGCGGCCGGCGCCUUUCCGGAGCUGGGACUCGGGGCUGUACCGGCCGUGGCAGGAGGGGACGCCGCGACAGCGGGACUGCUGGCGAGGUGGCGAUGUCACCUUCGACAUCAGCAACGAUGCUCCCACCAUGGCGGGUGCCGAGGCCACCUUCUCCAUCGCCCUCCGCUUCCCCAGCACCCAGGCGGUGCUGCCCGACGGCCGCGUCGUCUGGAGCCAGAACUGCACCGUCAACGGCACCCGCGUCGCCCAGGGUGAGCCCGUCUUCCCGGAGCAGCCGGCCGAGGGCACGGAUAGCGUCUUCCCCGACGGGCAGCCGUUCCCCCCCAGCGCCGGGGGCAAGCGUGGAAAAUUCGUCUACGUCUGGUGGACGUGGGGGCGCUACUGGCAGGUGGUGGACGGUGCCGCGUCCCGGCUGACGGUGAGCACGGCGGGGGUGCCCCUUGGCUCCUACACCAUGGAGGUGGUCGUCUACCACUACCGCGGCCGCCAGAAGUUCAUCCCCAUCGGCCGCGCCAGCACCCAGUUCAGCAUCACCGACCAGGUGCCCUUCGCGGUGGACGUGGCGCAGGUGCAGGACACGGCGGAGGGCGACGGGCGCUUCGUGCGUAACCGCCCCGUGGCCUUCACCGUGCGGCUGCACGACCCCAGCCGCUACCUGCGCGACGCCGACAUCUCCUACUCCUGGGACUUCGGGGACCAGAGCGGGACCCUCAUCUCCCGCAGUGCCACCGUCACCCACACCUACCUGGAGACCGGGUCCUUCGCCGCCCGCCUGGUGCUGCAGGCGGCCAUUCCCCUCAGCCCCUGCGGCACCUCCGCCGCCCCCGUCGUGGACCCCACCACCGGCUCGCCGCCGUCGGCGGGACCCACGGCCACGCAGCCCGUCGGCACCACGCCGGGGGGGCAGAGCACCGCCGGGACGCCCAGCACCGUACCUGCAGCCUCCGGCUCGCCAGCGGAGCCCACGGGGGCAUCGGUGGCCGUGCCCUCGGACCCCGCCAUCACUGAGCCCUCGGACGCCACCGUCACCGAGCCCAUCCUCGUGGCGCUCAGCACCCUGGCGGAUGCUGCCGGCGGAGCCGCGGGUACCGACCCCGCUGCCGUCUCUGCUGCGGCGUCUGCGGACCCCCUGCUCCCCACCUCGGCGACUCCAGCCGGGGACGUGCUGGGCACCUCGGCCCCCGCAGCCACGGAGGGAACAGUGGCUGCAGAUGCGGCCACAGCUGGAGCCACGGUGGGAGCCACAGCUAGAGCCACGGCAGCAGCCACAGCUGGAGCCACGGUGGGAGCCACAGCUGGAGCCACGGCAGCAGCCACAGCUGCAUCUGUAGCUGUGUCUGCAGCUGGAGCCACAGCUGGAGCCACAGCUGAAUCCCUGGUUGAAGCCACAGCUGGAGCCACGGCUGGAGCAACAGUGGGAGCAACCGUGGGAGCCACGGCUGUAUCCCUUGCUGCUGCCACAGCUGCUGCCACAGCUGGAGCCACAGCUGGAGCCACAGCUGCCCCCGACAGCACUGCCGAGCCGCUGGUGCUGGUGAAGCGCCAGGCGCCAGCCGCCGAUUCCACCGGCUGCAUCCUGUACCGCUACGGCACCUUCUCCACCCAGCUCGACAUCGUCCAGGGGAUCGAGAGCGUGGCCAUCGUGCAGGUGGUGCCGGAGAGCAGCGAGAACAGCGUGGAGCUGACGGUGACGUGCGAGGGGAGCCUGCCCGAGGAGGUGUGCACCGUGGUGGCGGACGCCGAGUGCCAGACGGCGCAGACGCAGACGUGCUCGGCCGUGGCGCCGGCCCCCGGUUGCCAGCUCGUCCUGCGCCAGGACUUCAACCAGUCCGGCCUCUACUGCCUCAACGUCUCCUUGGCCAACGGCAACAGCCUGGCCGUGGCCAGCACCCGCGUCGCCGUCGGAGGCGCUGCCCCGGCUGCCGGCAGGACCACGAUCUUCGUGGGGCUGGUGCUCAUCGCCGCCGCCCUGGGCACCGCUGCCUACACCUACAGGCGCGUGAAGUACAGCCCGCUGCUGCCGCGGCCCCCCCCGGCCCCCCGGCCCCGGGGCUGGCUGCCCCCCAGCUCUGCCCUUCGCCUCCUGCUGCAUCAGGUCUUCGGGGGGGCCCCCAGCGGCGAGAGCAGCCCCCUGCUCCGUGCCAACACCGUCUAGGGCCCCCCCCCCCCACCCUGUGCCACCCCCCCGCCUGGCCCGAGCCCCCAGGACCGGGGGGGGGGCUGUGGGUGGUGGUGGGGGACGCGUGGCUCCGGUCUUGCCACCACCGAGAUUAAAGGCUCAGCUCAGCCGG